CGCCCUGGAGACGCAUUCGCUCGUUCGCCUCGCCCGCAGCAGACUCGGCAGCAGGGGAGCCUAAUUUUGGAGAAGAGCCGCGGAUCAGCCAGAUAAAUUCACCGUUUUUCAACUCUUGUCCCUGCGGCAGGCAGACAUUGAAAAUUUUUGUGAUAGCCUGAUUUUUCGAAGAAGCAGAAGAAGAAGAUCGUCCGAUUUUGUUCUCCGGAUCAGAAGACGAAGAAUCGUUAUUUUUUUCUCGAAAGGCAGUGAUAAGAAUAAGAGAGUACGAUUUUUCGCUGAGAAACAGCAGGCUCCCCCAAGCAGAAUCGAGGUAAAUUUGGAUUUACAUUGGCUCGCCAACAGUGUCGCGUCAGUUCGACUUUUGGAAAUUUUAACGAAGAGAAACAAGAAGACAGAAGCGAAGCAACAAUGGCCGUAGCUGCUGCACAGAAGAAUCGCGAGAUGUUUGCCAUCAAGAAGUCUUACAGCAUUGAGAAUGGAUACCCGGCAAGACGUCGUUCUCUCGUAGACGACGCUCGUUUCGAGACAUUGGUUGUCAAGCAGACGAAGCAGAGUGUGCUGGAAGAGGCUCGCCAACGAGCGAAUGAUUCACCCGUCGAUCCGGCAAUGUAUGGCCAGGAGCAGAUCAACAAAGAGGAUCAACCCUUUGACAAUUCGUCGGCAUCUUCCAGCGAUGACGAGCAGCAAGAAACACUUGCUUGCGCGGCCAAAGAAGGCGAAGCCAAAGCGGAAGCAUCAUCCUCAGACGGCGAAGAGAAGGGGGACGACGAUUUCGGCCUGACGGAAGAAGAACUGGUGCUCGCGCGCUCCAUCGCUGAGAACCCCGAUGACCAGUCGGUGCAGACUGCCGCCCUGGUGUUGCGGCUCCGCGAGGGCAUGUCCUCGCUGCCACGCAUCCUCAAGACAAUCGAGAACUUCAAGGGCCAGGUGGCCCACGUCGAGACCCGUCCCUCGAAGAAGGAGGGCCAGUUCGACGUGCUGGUCAAGGUGAACAUGAGCCGCCACAACCUGUCGUCUCUCAUCAGGAACCUGAGACAGGGUUCGUCACUCGGUGGACUUACCCUCCUGGCGGAGGACACCAACGCCGUGACCGUCAAGGAUCCCUGGUUUCCGCGUCACGCCUCCGACCUGGACAACUGCAACCACCUGAUGACCAAGUACGAGCCCGACCUCGACAUGAGCCACCCCGGAUUCGCCGACAAGGAAUACAGGGCGCGCAGGAAACUGAUCGCCGAGAUCGCCUUCGCCUACAAGUACGGCGACCCCAUACCCAACAUCCCCUACACCGAGACCGAGAACGAGACCUGGAAGCGCGUGUUCAACACCCUGGUCGACCUGGUGCCCAAGCACGCCUGCAAGGAGUACCAGCGCGUCUUCCAGAAGCUCCGCGAGGAGAAGAUCUUCGAACCCCACCGCGUACCCCAGCUCCAGGAGGUCAGCGACUUCCUCAAGAAGAACACCGGCUUCACACUGCGUCCGGCUGCUGGUCUCCUCACGGCCCGUGACUUCCUCUCCAGCCUUGCGUUCAGAAUAUUCCAGAGCACGCAGUACAUCCGCCACAUCAACAGCCCCUACCACACACCCGAACCCGACGCGAUCCACGAGCUUCUCGGACACAUGCCUCUCCUGGCCGACCCGAGCUUCGCUCAGUUCUCCCAGGAAAUCGGUCUGGCCUCUCUGGGCGCCAGCGACGAAGAGAUCGAGAAGCUGUCGACCAUCUACUGGUUCACCGUCGAGUUCGGUCUGUGCAAGGAGGGAACCGAGACCAAAGCCUACGGAGCCGGUCUCCUCUCGGCCUACGGCGAGCUCCUUCACUCCCUCAGCGACAAGUGCGAGCACCGACCAUUCGAGCCAUCCACCACCGCAGUUCAGCCCUAUCAGGACCAAGACUACCAGCCGAUCUACUACGUGGCCAACAGCUUCGAGGACGCGAAAGAGAAGUUCCGCCGUUGGGUAGCGAUGAUGUCGCGACCCUUCGAGGUCCGAUACAACCCGCACACCCAGAGCGUCGAGGUCCUCGACAGCGUCGAGAGGCUCGAGGGCGCCGUCUCGCAGCUCAACAUCGAGCUCACCCACAUCACCAACGCCCUCAACAAAAUGAAGUCGUCGUUUGCGUAAAGUUUCGCCGAGCCGGCGUCACCCGAGGCGGACUAUUGCGACGACGUUGCGUCGGCGAUGUUGACGACGUUCGACGAGAGCGUCGACGACCUGGACGACGACGACGUCGACGAUGAUCGAGACGAUGACGAUGAUGGUACGUCGGAAGGCUCGCGCCGCCGGGAAUCCAUGGCCGGUAAUUUUAGGCGACGCGCGCGCUACUCGUGGCUCAGGUAUCGACGACAAUUCUGCCAUGUCCUGUGAGAGCUUCGCGAGUGAAUAUAUGUAGGAUGUAUAUCGUUGAGAAAAUUUUAUCGCUCGAAAGUACCAGAUCUGUAAAUACCCCGAGAGAUGGGGGAAUAUUUUCAUUCGGUAGACUGUGCGUGACAAUGGCAAUAAUACGCGGAUUAUACUCGUUGCUGAAACUGUAUUCGAGUGUUCAAAUAUCCCGCGAUGACUAACGGUCGGAAGUUUUGAAGCUAAAAAUAUGGCUGACCGGAGUAGUUACAAUCAUGAAAGACAUGGCAAGAGCUGAUCGCUAGGAUAAGACAAUGCUUUGGAACUUGCAGUAUUAAAAUCGAAUGUGUUUCAAUAGAACGGCUCUUUUGUUAGAAAAAAGCAAACUUUUUUCGAUUCGAGAAGUCUCUCCCGUAUUAUCGCGAUGAAAAAUAAUAUCUACAGACACUCGUUCUCCGACUGAUUACACUCGCUGCCGCAAAUACGUAUAAACAGUCGUAGCAACGACUGUCUUCGGUAUAGAAAAGCGAAGCACAUCGCAUACCUCCGAGCCACGACAAGCUGAAAGACUAAAUUAGCUGCAUCGUAGAGCAAAAUCAUCGAAUCUACUCCUUCUCGCGAUCUCAGGACUCCGCGCAGUUGUACAUCCUCUAACGCAAAUAGCGUAGGAAUUCUCGAAAACAACCGUUAUGUCACUCGGGACGUGAAAAAAGAAAAAGUAUUGCGCAACUGUACAACGUCCGCGAGCGCGAGAAAAGUGAAACUUGCCUCGAUGAUUUUGUCACCUCAGAGCGUCCGAACACACUAUACUCGUCCUCUUGGAGUCAGCCUCCUCUCGUCAUUAUUCAUCUUAUCCUUUUUCUCUUCCUCGCCUCCCUUUGUAUAAAGUCUCUCCUUCGCCAUCUAUUGCGUCUGUUUUAUUUUCAUUUUUUUUUUCUCUCUCUAUCUUUCUUUUCCUUACUCGCAAAAAAGCUAGCGCGCGUGCGCGGCGUGACAUGCGCGACUUAAAAGUAUUAUUAGCUCGCGGAUAAGAGAAUAUAAACACUUGGAGAGUCGGACACGCGUCAUUAUAUAUAACUCGUAUCUCUCUAUUUUUUUUCUUUGCGGAAUUGCAUCCAAACACACACGCGCGCGUAUCUCCUUUACGAAACUCUCUCCGACUUUGAUUUUCGAGCGCAUGUGCCGAGCGAACCGCGCGCGCCCGCGUUCACGCCACAUUAUUGUUAUUAUAUUAUUAUUAUUAUUAUUAUUAUUAUUAUUUUAUUGUAUUAUUAUUAUUAUUAUUAUUAUUAUUAUUAUUAUUAUUAUUAUUAUUAUUAUUGUACUCUACUGUAUUGUAUCGUAAUGAUCUACUAUGUACUGCGGUGAAAAUUGCGACACUGUCUCGGCGAUUCUGGUGAAUAUAUAGCGGAUCGACGAGCCACGAGAGCUGAGACAAUAUAUAUAAUGCGUUUAAUGUAAAAUUUUUCCAGAGAUCGGGACGACAGUGCCACGACUUUGACUGUAUGCUUUAUAUUGUAUGUUAUACAUAUUUUACUGUUAGCGUUAUACUGUAUUAUCCGGCUAACCCACAAUAAGAGAACAGCAAGCACCUGCCCGAACUGUUAGGAUUGUACAUACACACUGCAAUUCCUUUCGUUGCACACAGUUGGAAAUAAUAUACUUGUAUACACUAUUACACUGUACUUUAUUAUCGCAAAAUUAUAACUAUGAACUAUACAUACACACACACGUGGAUCAGCAAAAUAAACUCUUAUUAUUUCAAAUUAUUUAUAUAAUUUCGUUCGUAGUUGUGUUUCUUGUUGUACAUUCGUCUUUUUAGAUUUUAAAUCGCACCACCUCUCGUGUAGUAUAAAUGAAAAAAAAACAAACUAUGUUAGCUUAUAGAUCGUGGAAAUUGAUGUUGAAGUUUCCAGCUAUGUAAGAUUUUGUCUUCUCGAAGGUGUUACAUCUCGAGCGCGAGGAAAUCGUAUUAUAGCGAUUAUAUAAUCCAAGACAACGAGCCGUGCGUUCAUUAUCGACAUAUACGCAUAAAUAUUACAUGUAUGCUAAUGCAAAUAAAUACGUAUCAUAUAUGAUUAUAACGAGUAUAUUUCAACGAGAUCUCUUACCCGAGUAAGUGCGCCGUGCGAAGAUAUACAGCUUAUCAAAACGAGUUUGUGAAAAAUCGAUGUUGUACUGUAGAAAUGUCAAGUGGAUAGUCCUAACACAGCGAUUGGUUAUAUACUUUUUUUGUAUUGAAGAAAGCUUCUUUGUAUCAAGUUUAUCAUGAGUAGUGCACACUAUAUGCAGUAUAUAUAGUACUCCGUUAAGUAUCCCACGCGCAUUGACGGAUAGCAGUAUAUAUAUGUUCUAUGACCCACUUCGUUUGUAUUAUAUUGUAAAGUAUUGGCAUAAUAAACAAAUUCAAUGAUGAACAUUAUAAA